GCGGUGUGUGUGAUGGACGUGAGUGUGUGGUCUGUGGUGUUUGGCGUGUUCCUGGUGGUUUCCGGGGCGACACAUGGGAUCACAGAUGGAGACACGGCUCUGGACUCUGAGGAGAACAUGGCAGAGACGCUGGUGAGUGAGCAGCAGGCUGGUGGUGUUAAUGAUGAUCACCUUCUGAAGAUGGUGCUGAGUUUGUUACUGCACAACCUCCAGAGACACACACGAGACCCAUCAGUGUUACACCACCCUCAACGGUUUGGGCGUGGUUCACACUCUGAUGUUGGCAAUGGUGAGAGAAUUCAGUCUCGGGACUGGGACAGCGUUCCACAACAGAUCUGGAGCCUCGCUGUGCCACAGAGAUUCGGCAGAAAGUAGCUUAUAAACACACACACACACACACUCACAGAUUAUUCACACAGUACCAGAGGAAUCAUUGAAUGUGUGUUCAGAUUGUUUAAUAUAAAAGAUAAAGUUAUUAUUCAUUUCUGCUCAUUAAUA